AAAACAGUUGGUGAUCAUGGUCAUUGACUGCGGCAGUGCAUCUUUGACCCUGAGAGUACCACGUGUGUGAACUGUCGAGACAGCGACUAUGUCUGCGUGUACGAUGCCAAAGAUGGACGCAAAAGGUGAGAGCAAGAGAAGCCAUUGUUCAUCGCGAUGUUGACACAAUCUGCAGUCGCGCAUCUGCAAAGGCUGUCGAGACAAAGCUCAUGCGGCGUAUAAACGACCUCGAGCGACAACUGAAGGAAGCUCGGGCGACCGACCAAGACCUUCUACCUCAAAGCCAGGUGACACCAUCGAGCCAGCCACCGCCCUAUACAUCACCGGUUAGUGACGAUGAGAACAAAGAACCCGGACCAGUUGAUUCGCCGGACUUGGUUGUCACCAAGCUCAUGCCUUCUGCUAUCCGUUUUGACAUGGCCUCUGGCAGGGUGCGGUACUUUGGCUCGACAACGCACAUGAAUGUUCUCGCUCGCGCAAGCUCGAACCAUGAUAUUCCUGCUCGGCGAGAUACACACUGGCCAGUUGCUCUCCUCGUUCGCGAUCUGUCGUCUGAAACACACAACUACCUGAUGGAUCUGUUCUGGGAUCUACACAACUCUGUGGUCCAUUUGGUACAUGCUGAAACUUUCUCCCGCGACCAGGAGCAUGGAGGUGUCGAGUUCUACUCGACGUUUCUGCACCUGACAAUGUUGGCGACAGGAUUCCGGUAUGCAGACAAGACCAGAGGUGACAUCCGACGGCUGGCGUUGCCGGGGUACGCCACUUCCACAUUGCAUGAAAAGGCAAAAGCGCUCGCCAAGCUUGAGAUUGAGAAGCCAGGGGGCAUUCCAUCCAUUCAAGCCUUCCAGUUACUCGGAGGCUUGGAGUUCUGCUGCGGAGACGACGAUACCGGCUGGCUGUACACAGGCAUGUGUUUUCGCAUCAUCUUUGAUGCAGGUUUGCAUGUCGACCCAAGUCAACUAGGUCUGCCGGAGCGAGAUGUGCAGAUCCGACAUAUGGUCCUCUGGGCGUGCAUGGUCACAGAUAGGCUCUGGUCGUUGUACCUAGGGAGACCCACGACGAUCAAAACCACCGACGUUUCACCUGCCUGCCUGUCCUUCGAUUUUGGGCGGAUGAUUCUCUGUAGACCAUCUUGGCACGAGAAGAAACCAACCACAAGGGUAUAUGAGGCUCUGCUCCAGAUGAUGGAGACGAUCAGCCAGCUGUGUGAGUUGAGAGGGCCAAGAGCGCCCAAGUCGACGGAGACGUAUUUUAAAAUGGCGGCGAUCGAUCAGCAACUUCGCGAGUGGUGCACCGGUCUGCCACGACACCUUCAGUGGUCCCUCGAAACCCAGAAAUCGAUGCCGCCAUCGUAUUACCUUCUUCACACACAAUAUCACGCAGCCGUCAUAUUGCUGCAUCGACCGUUUGUGCGCUACAGUGAGAAGUCUGAAGCGAAUGUGGGCACUCAUUUCACCAGCCUGUCGCGUACCAGUUGCGUCGAGAGUGCUGAGCAUAUUGCCACCAUUUUCGAACAAUACCGCGCACGCUUCGACAUGGCUCAGGCGUAUGGCACGGCUGUGCAACAUGCUGGCACUGCCGUAACAGCGCUCAUGGGCGAGGUCAUACUUCAGACAGACAUGUCUCAGCGUGACAAGCUGAUUGAAAGGAUCACAUCGCUGCGGCUCGCCAUCAGCCUGAUGGCAAGGAACUACCAGCCUGCUGGGUACAUGACCAGCGUGGUGGACCAGUUCAUUCGAAGCAUGCAAAGCGCAGGCUUGGACAAGUCGGAAUUCAAGCGACGAGCAGAUGGCGAGGAUUCCGGACCUUCUGGUUUGGAUACGGCUGUAGGUGGGCUUGCUGGUAAUUCCCCAUCACAGCCUCAUCAUGACUUUGUGCCGUUAUCGCAGUGCCGGAACAGGAUGGGCGAGUCUUUCGCGUUCACGCCCACUUGUUCUGGAUCCCAGUCGCCUUCGGGGCUUCCAUUCUUGCCAUCGUCGUUCCUCGAGGGUCUGAUCAUGGAUGACACAAUGUUCUCGGGCUUGGCUGGUGUUGCAGACGUAAAUUUCCCUUGGGACUGUCCGCCCGAGCAUCAAUAGAAUGUGACUUCAAACAUGAGCCACUGACCAUGUGCACAAGUCACAAGUGAAAGUCUGUUAAACUUAGACGUGUUAAUAAUUG